AUGCCAGUUAAAAUUGGAUUUCAAGUCAUUUUUUGUUCGGGAGAAGAUAAAAAAUAUAGAGUUAAUGAGCUCAAUUAUCAUGGACCAACGGUUCGGGGUUGGAGAUCAUCAAUCAACUGUACAUUUCCACAAGAAAUUAUACUUAAACUUGAAAUAUUGGCUAUUUUACAUCAAAUACAAAUUUUAUCUCAUCAAUAUUUAAUACCUCAAAAAAUUGAAAUUUGUAUAAGUAGCAAGUCGGAAUAUGAAGUACCAACUGAAAAUUCUCUCGAUUUAUUCGAAUACCUGGGCUACAUAACAUUCUCGGAUAACAAAGCUGCUGAAUAUCGUUCGAGAGAAUUAAAAUCGAUAACAAUUCCAUCGAAAAAAGCUAAAUACAUUAAAUUAAAAAUAUAUGAAAAUCAUGUUAAUGUUAAAAAUAUAUUCAAUCAGGAAAAUUUCGAAUAUGCUAAUACGUUAAAAGCAGCUUUGGAAAAUCUGAGAGCUGCUGGAGAAAUUAUCGGUCUUUAUGAACAGGAAAAAAAACAAGCAAUACUUUUGGAAGAUUACGACAAGGCAAAAUAUAAAAAAAUUCAAAUCGAUAAUUUUAGACGUAAAAAAUUUUAA